AGUAUCCUAACCUCAUAAACUUUGAGAUCGACCAGUCUUGAAUUCAAUUACUUCAACUAGUCUGCAAGUGCACAUACUUUACCAUUUAUUGAAUAAGCAUAUUCUAAGAGUAGUGAAGAUAUUAAAGUACAAUAAAAUAAUAUUGUCAAAUAAAAGUAAAAAAUGUAAUACAAGCAUUUGAAAGAUUAAAUAAUUCUACAAGAACAUAAGAAUCCAAAUAAAAUAAGCCCAAGAGUUAUUGAUUUGUUACACUUUUCGAUUACAUUUGCGAAUGAUAAAGUUGUUGGGUAGAAGCAUCUCGAGCCUUAUCACACAAGAAAUUAACGUUUAAACUGAUGCUCGUAUAUCUCUUCCAAGAGCAUAGAAAAAAACAAGCACGAGAAGAGUGUAAAAAAGUUAUUCGGUAACGUGAAAGUUACAGUGUAAAGAUGACAUUGUUGACUGUGUUCAAACAAUUCAAGAAAUUUCAAGAUGCUGGAAAAUCGGUAGCAAGAUCGCUCUCCAUUAAGGAUGAUCAAGAAUCGAAAAAAACUUGCCUCUAUGAUCUACACAUCGAGAAUAAUGGGAAAAUGGUGAAUUUCUCCGGUUGGUUGCUCCCGAUACAAUACCGGGAUUCAAUCACAGCCUCGCACCAACACACUCGUACCCACGCGUCACUCUUCGAUGUCGGCCACAUGCUGCAGAGUCAUGUGAGCGGAUGCGACUCGGGCGAGUUUCUAGAAUCUCUCACGACCGCGGAUCUCCAGAACUUGGCCCAGGGUGGCGCCGCACUUACAGUCUUCACCAACAAAAGCGGCGGUAUCCUCGACGAUCUUAUCAUUACGAAAGAUCGAAAUGAUCGUUUUUUUGUAGUAUCCAAUGCUGGAAGAAGAAACGAGGAUAUAGAACUCAUGUUGGGAAGACAAGCUGAAAUGAAAUCCCAAGGCAAAAACGUGACCAUAGAGUUCUUGGAUCCUUUGGAACAAGGUCUGAUCGCUUUGCAAGGACCAAGUGCUGCGACAACUCUCCAGACCUUGGUAAAAAUCGAUCUUACAAAACUGAAAUUUAUGAAUAGCGUGGAGACCAAGAUCAAUCAGAAGUCUGUGAGAAUAUCACGAUGUGGCUAUACCGGCGAAGAUGGCUUCGAAAUUUCGGUCAACGGAAAAGAUGCGCGAACAAUUAGCGAAAUGAUUCUUGAAGUACCUGAUAUUAAACUCGCUGGUUUAGGAGCGAGGGACAGUUUGAGGCUAGAAGCAGGAUUUUGUUUAUAUGGACAUGAUAUUAAUGAGUCUAUAACACCUGUUGAGGCUUCGUUGCAAUGGCUAAUUGCAAAGCGGCGUCGAGAAGCAGCGAACUUUCCGGGUGCAGAAUUCAUUCUCGAGCAAAUAAAGAAUGGACCGAAGAAGAAACGCGUGGGCCUGAUCCUCGGCCAAGGCCCACCAGCUCGCGAAAAUGCAACGAUAUUGACAUCGGCGGGCGAACGCGUAGGCAUAGUGACCUCGGGAGGUCCAAGUCCCACUCUUGGCAAACCCAUCGCCAUGGGUUAUGUGCCAUUGGAACACGUUCACACCGGCACCCCCGUUCUCACUGAAAUCCGGGGCAAAACAUACAAGGCCCUCAUAACGAAGAUGCCUUUUGUUAAACCACAUUACUACAGCGACAAAAGAUAACUUGUGGAAAUCUAAAUCUGGUCAUCUGUAUAUAAUUCUUAAUUCGAAUUUAUUGCGCAAUAAUUUUAUAUGCUAUUUUUUCAAUAGAUACGUACUGAAAAAUGUAUUUGAACGAACAUUUAUUUUAACUAUCCUUUUUACUUUAAGUGAGCAUUCAUUAAUACAACGAUACUACUAAUU